CGCAUGGAAUACAUGAGCCAAUAAACUAAGGGAAGUAUUUUCGUAUUUUGAAGCUUUAGCUUUUGCCAGGAUUUUGUUUUUAAAAUAAACAGUUGCGAGUUGCGAAUCAAUGGCGAUUUAGUGAAGAUACAGGUAGAGAACGAACGAAAAUGACGGACCGAUCUAAAAGUUUAAGUUAUGAAAACGCGGGCUACAUAUCGGGAAAAAUGGUGAACGAUUUCAGUCCGAAAAAAACUUUGAUUGUUUUGGUUAUAGUGGUGGGAUGCUUUGCAGUUUUAUGGCCCAAAGUUUUUUAUCCAAUGUUAGUGGGAUCCGUAAAUAACAAGAUCAAACCUAGCCCUAUUGAUAGGACCCAAGGUUGCUGCGAAGUCAUAUCAGAAAAAGAUUUAACCACGAUCAAGCUUAUGUCCGAAAUAUGCAAUACCAUCAUACAGAAAGACGAGACAAAUCCUCUAACCAACAAAGAACUGAUUUCCAAAUGCCAAAACGCCGUUUUGGAUACAUGCGGCAUUGACAUUUCCGCUGUGCUACAAGAACAAGUUAGAUUAGGACAUACCACUAAGCAGAUACUACAAGAGAUAAGGUCCUUAAACGGAUCUUUGUGUUUAAAAUACAAUUUUGGAGUAGCCACUUGGAAAUUAGGAGUACCCCAUCGCGUCACUGUUAAAGUGUCACCUUCUUACAGUAAGCAAGACGUUUUUGAGCCUGGGCCAAUUCCCGGAAUGAGGCCAACAAUAGGUGGCGCUGGGCAUGUGGUACCACCCUCCAAACAUGCUGGCAAUAGUAUGGGGCUGAUAAUGCCAAUUUAUACCAUUGGUAUCGUUGUAUUUUUCACUUACACAGUCAUGAAGAUUGUAUUCAAGAAACAGCCAGAGGUUUUGUAUCCACCAGUAGAACCAGACCCACAGUUUAGAAGAGAAGUUUUCGAAGCGGAUAGAGGACAUUUAGGAUCUAAAGUAUCUAAAGACGGGGCCUCAAGUAAAAUAGUUGUAAACGCAAUGUCAGCACUGCUGGAUGAAGUAGAUUUGGAGCUGUCGUCCCGACGUAAACCUAGUGAGGUUGAUCAACAGGAUGUAGUAGCUAACGGAGGAGUUCUCAAUCAAGAAGAUGACCAAGGAUCAGUCCAAGUCUUGGGAAUGGAAACUACAGCUAGUUACGAAGGUGGUCAAAAGUGGAUACGACCCGAUUCACCGAUUCUACCAGUCUCGCACACACCUGAGCCACCUGAACCAGAAGUACCACCACAAGAAAUUUUUUUAGAAGGUUCUCUGCCUCCCCAAUCGCAUCUUCUGGUUACUGACUCGGCCACGGAAGCUCAAAAGACAGAACAUGAAGAAGAUCCAGCCGUAGUACUAGCUGGAAAGAUGACUUUAUCUGUCAUUAGCCUCGAAUCAACUGAAAACGGCACUGACGAGUCAUCAAGUUCUUCAAAAAAGCACGAAGAGAGAAGCAGUAGUAACGUGUCUGAAGAUUUUGAAAAAAUCGAUGUAUCCCAAUUAGAAAAGCAAAUUGAUGAUAUUCUAGAACAACCUGCACCUCUGGAACAAAGCGUUUUAACCGAAAUUAAACAAGAGUCUAUAAAUAUCGAAUAUCCCGAGCCUAAAGAAGAACUAUAUCUUGAACAAGAUAGUUUAAAUACCAUUGCUCACGAACUCGAUAACACAUAUUUCACAGAACCAAAGGAAACAUUAUUUGUGAAACAGUCUUCAACACAAGAACAAGAAAAACCCGACGAUAUUAAACCUGAUUCUUCAAGUACCCAAUAUAUAGAUUCUAAAGAAAAAUUAUACGAAGUGCCACCGUUACAAUUUCAGCAAGAAAUUGUCGAUUUAAAACAGGAUUCUCUAAAUUUUGAAUUAGAAGAUUCUGAAGAAGAAUUAGCUCUAGUAGGACAAAAAAGUAUCGACGAUUUAAAACAAGAAUUGUUAAAUUUAGAAUUAAACGAGCCUGAGGAGGAUUUAACUAUAAUACAGCCUCUUAAGCAAGAAACUAUCAACGACGACACUCAAGCAAUUUUAGAAACAGAAUAUAUGAAGCCUUUGGAGCAGUCCGAAACUUUUGGGCAAAUAAAAUUAGACGAAUCAUUAAAUGAAAAACUCUUAAGUACUGAAAGCGAAGUGAAAAAUACUCAUCUUGAAUUCGUGACGGAUAAGGUACAAGAAGAAUCACCAGACAAAUCUUCAAUUAUUAAAAAAGUUAAACUGGAUACAGUUAAACAGGAAAUAGAAUUUGCAGAAUCAUCGCCUAUUAAACAGGAGCUAGAAGAACAAUCGACAUCUCUUAAACAAGUUAAGUUGAAUGAAGUUGAACAAGAAUCCAUAACUCCAGAAUCGCCAAAGGUUAAAAAUCAAGAAGCAAAUCUAACACACUUAGAGGAUAAUCUACCAUUGAAAGCCAUGUCGAAACCUGAUUUAAGCAUAGAAACAUCUGAAGCUAAGCCUCAAAUAGCUACACCUCGUUUGGGUAGAGCACAACCGCCAUUACGAAGACGAACUGUAGCACUCGAAGAUAGUUAUGAUGCGGAUGAUGAAGUAGAAUUAGCUUUAACUAAUUUAGAAGUCGACAUCCACUCCAAUCCCGAAGAAAAUGUUAAUGACAUAGAGCUAAACAAACUUACAAAGUCUAAUGAAAAUAACGCAAAUAAAAGUGAAGUUGCUGAAGACAGAUCUUUUUUUAAACAAACAGUACAUGGUCUUCUAACACAUCCAUCUGAACCUGAUAUGCGAAUCAUUCAUCAUUCGGCCGUUUCAGAAAGUAUAAUAAGAAUAUCACGUUUAAACAUAUUCAGUAAAUCACUAAGACCAGCAGAUGCAGGCGCGUUAAAUAAAUUAAUAAAAGAAGCACGUUCAAUGACAUCCAAUAAACUAAUAAAAGAAGCACGUUCAAGCACUUCCAAUAAACUAAUAAAAGAACCACGUUCAAGCACAUCCAAUAAACUAAUAAAAGAAGCACGUUCAAACACAUCCAAUAAACUAAUAAAAGAAGCACGUUCAAACACAUCCAAUAAACUAAUAAAAGAACCACGUUCAAGUACAUCCAAUAAACAAAUAAAAGAAGCACGUUCAAGCACAUCCAAUAAACUAACAAGAGAAGCACAGACAAACCAACAAAUUAAGAACACUGAAGAGGAAUUAUUUUUUUUGAAAAAACUUUUAGCUUCUUACAUAUUAAAAGAACAAAUGCGUCCGUUAGGUAUUCAAGAUUUUUCGCGAUAUACGCCGUAUGAGAAAGGUAAAGAUAGUGCUGCAAGGCUGCAAGAUGCCAGUUAUAUGAAUGAAAAAGGUAAAGCUCGCGCUUCAGGGCUACAAGAUGCCGAUUUUAUGAUUGAAAAAGGUAAAGAUUAUACCGCAGAACUGCAAGAUGCCGAUUAUAUGGUUGAAAAGGGUAAAGCUCGUACCUCAGGGCUGCAAGAUGCCGAUUAUAUAAUUGGAAAAGGUAAAGCUCGUGCUUCAGGCCUACAAAAUGCCGAUUAUAUGAUUGAAAAUACUGUACCAGUUCCACAAUAUCCUUUAUCAAAUCAACCGGAUCGCCAAAUAUAUUUGGCAAACAAAACUAAUAAGUCUAUACCCAAUCGGCAGAUGACAUCCUAUGCAAGACAGCCUCAUAAAACAAUACCAGGGCAACGCAUGCCUUUAUCAAAUAGAUCUACUAGUAGGUCAGUAGCCAAUCAACAGAUGGUAUAUGCCAAAAAACCUCAAAGGACAAUCCCAGCGCAACAUAGACCUUCGUCAAAUAUAUCUAAAUUAUUGGAGCCACAAGUGUUAAGUGUAUCCCAUAGUGUUACUAACGAUGAUGGUGACGAAAUUGUUCCAGAACAAGUCGAAUACAUUAGUGAUGCAGACGAGGAUGAAAGUGAUGAAGAAGAAGAGGAAGAAGAAGAGGAUGAUGAUGAAGAAGUAGAAGAGGAGGAAGAAGAUGAUAGCGAUGAAAAUAACGAGCAAAUAACUCGUAUGAAAUGAAAAUAUAAAAAACGACUCGAAAAUUAUGGUGUUCACACAUACACAAUAAAAUUGUGGUGCACCUAGUACAAGAAAUGUUCUCCUCCUGUCAUGUAGCUCUUACAGGCCAAAUAUAAAUACAAAAACAAAAUAAUUUAGUUUUUUUCUUAUCGUGUGUUUUGGUUACAGGAUAUGCUUAGUUUGUCAUUAAUAAUAUAAUCAAGAAUUAGUGAUAGAUCGCUCGGAAAGAUCCGCAUACAUGUCUGAAAAGUAGACAUGUCCAAACAAACUUUGAAAGAUGUUAUGUGAAUGCGCGAAUUUAAAUAAAAUCAUUUAGCUGAAUUUCUUACAAAGGCAAAAUGUAGUUUAAACAAGAAGAUAGAGAUCUUGAGUUAUUUGUAAAAUCAGCUUCUGACCACUGUUUGAAAAUAAAUUGUAGCAAAUCUAAUGUUAUUGUCUUUGGUACUAGAUAUAAACGCGAUUCUGUGUUAGAGAAUGUAAACAUAUUAGUUAAAAACGAGCGUCUUGAAUUAGUAAAUCACGUUAAAAGUCUUAGUGUUGUUUUAGAUGCUGAUUUGCGUUUUGAAAAACAUGUAAAUAACUUAAUUGGGCGUCCAUACUCAACAAUCAAAUUGAUAUAUGGAAAUAGGCAGUUCUUAUCUUCUGAUAUCAAAAAGCUUUUAUGUGAAAGUCUAAUUCUCUCGAUCUUUAAUUAUGCAGAUAUCCUGUAUGGGCCAUGCUUAACCAGCCAAUAUAAACAAAAAAUUCAAAAGGUACAAAACUCUUGCCUUCGCUUAAUUUUCGGUAUUCGAAGAAGACUGCCUAUUUCUCACAAAUUAAAGGAAAUAGGAUGGCUUAACAUGUACAAUAGAAGAACACUUCAUGCUGCAAAUACAUUUCACAAAAUUAUUGUUAGUAAAACUCCAUUAUAUUUGUACAGGAAAAUUACUUAUCGAACUCACGUGCACAAUUUAAAUAUAAGACAUAAAAGUAUACUGCCUCCACCACCAUUUAGGUUAGAGCUAUUUAGACGAUGUUUCUCUUGUCAUGUAUGUGCAAUUUAUAAUAAUGUUCCAAAUUCACUAAAAUCCGUCAGUCAUGAAAAAUUCAAGAAAUCAUAUAGAAAUGUGUUAUAUGCUGCAUAAUGGUAAAUGCUCAGUGUUUAAUAGGUAUAUCUGUCUUUCUAAUUUCUUUUUUCCUUAUUUUUUUUAUUUUCUGUGUUUUGAACGGUUCAAUCGAUAUAUAUUUAUAAAUAUAAUAUAAUUUUAUUUUUUUUAUUGUUUUGGGUUAAGUGGAAG